AUGGCAACCAUGGGAAACUCCAUGAAGCAAAGCAUCGAAUGGGUCAUCGAGUGCUUAUCCGACGCCUUAAAGGACUACCAGCAACCGGACGAGGAUGAAAUCAAGGACGGCGUACCGAUGAUACCGAUCGAAAGCUACCAAUCGAAUGCACUUCGGGAUGGAAACUUUAAGCACUUUCUUCGAUCUCUUGGUUUACUGAGCGUGAGCAAAGAGUUAACCAUUUUUCGUUUGGAACCACUCAUUAUGGACAUCCCGGAGACUGCGCCAGUUACCGUUAAAGUCUACUUGUCUCGUGAAGAAAUUCUGGGCAAAAAGUUGUACAGCUGCUUGAUCGAGAACUGCGCCGCGGUGUUUCACAAUCCGUCUCACUUGCAGAUGCACACUGUACGGCGUCACAAAACUGCUGCCAAGCUGGAACCGACGACAAAAGACUCCGUGAACGUGAACAAACAUUUCUACUAUCCUUGGCAGAACUGUCUCUACUUUCAGACGCCUCUGGGGCCGCCGAAUGAUGCACGGCACUUUCUUUCGUUUCGAAGUCUAACGAAGGUUCACGAAGCGCGAACGUUUGUCUGUACGGACUGCGGUAAAUCAUUCGCCACGCUUUACUUUUUGAAGCAUCAUCAACAAUCGUGCGGCAAAUCUUUCAUCUGCGCACACUGCCCGUCAGACUUUGGCUCGAGAGAAGCGUUGCUGACACACGCCAAGCGAAAACGGCACGGCUAUGAGGAGUUGCUAGCUACGAAGCUACCGCGAGGAGCUAACGUGAAUUCUCAGAUCCACAGUGACGUUACCAUGCCACCAAAAGCCAACGAGAAUUAG